AUGAGCAAAUCUAAGACUAACAACCAUGAGUUGUCCGAGCCCCUUUUGGGUGUCGGAGACUCGAAACAGGGCUUUAAAUUUACAACAGAAUAGCUAUGUGAUCUCUUUCACCCUGACAACAUCAAGAACUACAAAGAAGACACUAAAAUUUCUAUUUCGGUUGACUCUCUUUGGUCCAAGUUCGGUGGAGCACCAGGUCUUGCAGCAGGGCUUAAAUCUGACCUUAAGGUUGGAAUCGAAGGAACAACUGACGAUGUGAAGGCUAGAGUUGAUAAAUAUGGUACAAACAAAAAAAGAAUGCCAAGAAUAAGAACACUCAUUGAACUUAUACUCGAGAACUUCGAAGAUAGAAUACUCCAAAUUCUACUGAUGGCUGCAACCCUAGCUCUAAUUAUCGGAGUGGUAUAACAUGGCUGGAAGCAAGGUUGGGUUGAGGGAACAUCAAUCUUUUUAGCUGUCACCAUUAUUGUAUCUGUCACAGCUGGAAACAACUAUGUCAAGGAGAAGCAAUUCUAGAAGCUAGUCUCUAAGGCUAGUGAAGACUACAUCGCAACAUAUAGAGGUGGUGAGGGAAUGACUCAGACAAUUAUCAACAAUGACCUAGUUGUUGGAGAUGUCAUCAAGAUCGAAGCUGGUAUGAGAAUCCCAGCAGAUUGCGUACUUAUAGAAGGUACAGACAUCGCUGCUGAUGAGAGCGCCAUGACUGGAGAGCCUGAGCAAGUUGAGAAAGCUGCCAUAAACCAACACAACUACAUGCACAAUCCAAAUCCAUUCUUGAUUGGAAAGACCCUCAUUGAAUCUGGACAAGGUCUUGCCAUUGUCUGUGCAGUUGGUGUCAAUACUAGAUCAGGUAUGGCUGAAGAGAAAUUAAACAUUGAAGAUGAGAUGACUCCCCUCCAAGCUAAACUUGAGACUAUUGCCAAUGAAAUCGGUAAAGUUGGUGUCUAUGUUGCCAUCCUCACCUUUGUUGCCAUGACCAUCAACCUCUGUGUCACAAUCUACCUUGACGAGACAAGAAAGUUCGCCACAGUCGAAACUCUAAACAAGUUCAUUGACUUCAUCAUCAUUGCAGUAACAGUUAUCGUAGUCGCAGUCCCAGAGGGUCUACCACUUGCAGUCACUAUUUCUCUUGCCUUCUCUGUCAUGAAGAUGAAGAAGGAGAACAACUUGGUCAGAAAACUCGAUGCUUCUGAGACCAUGGGAGGAGCCAACGAAAUUUGCACAGAUAAGACUGGAACUCUUACCAAAAACAUGAUGACAGUCAAAGAGUUCUACUCUCUUGAUCAAGUCUACCAAGGUAGACCAGCUAACUUCAAGAACUUGAAGACCUAUACUCUCCUCAGCGAGGGUGUUCUCUUCAACUGCAGCGCAAGAAUUGAAAGAGAUGAUAAUGGAAGAUUCAUUCCUAAGGGCAACUGCACUGAGCAAGGACUUAUUAACUUCCUUAUGGAUGUUGGAGUUUAAGCUAAUGAAGUAAUUAGAUAAAAGGAGAAUAAUAUCCUCCAGCAAAUUCCAUUUAACUCAGCCAGAAAGAGAGCUUGCACCAUCCUCAGAGAUCACAACGACCCAAAGAAGAUUAAGGUCUUCAGCAAGGGUGCUCCAGAAAUCCUUAUGGACUACUGCAGCAAGUACUUCACAACAGAAGGAACUUAAGCCGCACUCACUCCAGAAUCAAGACAAAGAAUCCUUAAGGAAAUAGUUACUGAACAAUUCGCAAGAAAAGCCUACAGAACUCUCCUUAUUGCUUAUCAAGAGUUAUCCAUUGAUGAGUACGAAAGACUUAAAGCUGAGAACAACAACUUCUAGACUGAGAGAGACAGAGAAGCUCUUGAGCAUAACCUUACCAUCAUUGGUAUCUAUGCCCUUUAAGACCCACUUAGAGAUGAAAUCGUUGAAUCAGUUAAGAAAUGCAAGAAGGCUGGCAUUAAUAUCAGAAUGGUGACAGGUGACAAUCUAGACACUGCUAAAGCUAUUGGAGUUGAAGCUGGUAUUGUUUCAAAAGAAGAUGUUGACCAAAAGUAUGUCUGCAUGGAAGGUAAACAAUUCAGAGAAUUAGUUGGAGGACUUAAAAAACUUGAAGAUCCAAGUGACAGAGGUCUCACCAGAGAAGAGAUUGGAAACAAGAAAGUAUUCAGAGAUAUUGUAGCCAAACUUAAGGUUUUAGCUAGGUCUACUCCAGAGGAUAAGUACAUGCUUGUUACUGGACUUAAAGAGAUGAAUGCUGUCGUUGCCGUUACUGGUGAUGGUACUAAUGACGCUCCAGCUCUUAAGAAGGCUGAUGUUGGUUUUGCUAUGGGAAUCACUGGAACUGAAGUUGCCAAGGAAGCCUCAGAUAUUAUCCUUUUAGAUGACAACUUCGCUUCAAUUAUUACUGCAGUUAAAUGGGGAAGAAACAUCUACACUAAUGUUAGAAAGUUCCUCCAGUUCCAACUUACCGUUAAUGUCGUCGCUAUGUUUAUCGUCUUUAUGGGAGGAGUUGUUGUCGCUGAUCCACCCCUUACUGCUGUUCAAAUGCUUUGGGUUAACCUCAUCAUGGAUACCUGCGCUGCUUUAGCUCUUGCUACUGAACCACCUCAUGAUACAAUCCUCGAUGAACCUCCUUAUAGCAGAACUGAGUUGAUUGUUACUCCUGUUAUGUGGAGAAACAUCAUGGGACAAGCAAUCUUCCAAGCUACCUUCCUUAUAGUUAUGCUUUUUGCUGGAAAGCAAAUCUUCGGAUAUGAAUACUCAGAAACCACUCCAUUCUAUUAUGAAGUUGAUGGAGUAAAUGUCCCAACUGAAAAGACUAGACAUUUCACUAUGAUCUUCAACACUUUUGUGUUCAUGUAAGUCUUCAAUGAGAUCAACUCAAGAAAACUUGGAGCCUAUGAUUACAACGUAUUCUCUGGCUUCUUCAACAACGCUCUUUUCAUUAGUGUUAUUAUUCUUACUAUUGUUGUGUAAGUUGUACUUGUUCAAUAUGGUGGAAAACCAGUUAGAACAUGCCCAAUUUCCUGGUAAGAGCAUUGUAUUUGCCUUGGCAUUGGACUAUUAUCAUUCUUCCAAGCUGUCCUAGUCAAGACAUUCCUCCCUGUCUCAUGGUUCAACAGAUUCCAUAUGAAGGAAGAGGCUAUGUCAGACGAGGAUGAGAAGCAAGCCAUUACAUCAACAUUUAGAAAGAGUUUCAGAUCCUCACUCAGAAGAUCUGCUAACUCAGAAAAAGGAAAGUCUCGCAAGUAAAAUUGA